AGGGAUCAGCAGCUUGGCUGGGGUGAAGUGAGUAUAAAAGCCUGGAGCUGGGGGCAGUCUGCUCAGGGACCCAGCAGUUCUUGGCAGGAUGGCUUCCUUCCGUCUGUUCCUCCUUUGUCUUGCUGGACUGGUGUUUGUGUCUGAGGCUGGCUCUGUGGGUGCUGGUGAACCCAAGUGUCCUCUGAUGGUGAAGGUCCUGGAUGCCGUCCGGGGCAGUCCUGCUGCGAACGUGGGUGUGAAGGUGUUUAAGAAGGCUGCUGACGAGACCUGGGAGCCAUUUGCCUCGGGGAAAACUGGUGAAUCUGGAGAGCUCCAUGGGCUCACCACGGAGGACAAAUUUGUAGAGGGACUAUACAAAGUGGAAUUAGACACCAAAUCCUACUGGAAGUCACUUGGCAUUUCCCCGUUCCAUGAAUUUGCAGAGGUGGUGUUCACAGCCAAUGACUCUGGCCUCCGCCACUACACCAUCGCCGCCCUGCUCAGCCCCUACUCCUACUCUACCACCGCCCUGGUCAGCAGUCCCAAGGAGUGAGGGCGCCUGCCUCGGCGGACUUGAAGGAUGAGGGACAGGAUUUUGUGUAACCGAGAGUAUUCCAUUUUUAUUAAAGCAGUGUUUUCACUUUAUAAGCUAUGUUAGAAAAUAGGCAGAAACAAUAAAACAUGCCUAUUAAAGCA